UUGCCGCUGCCGUGCUGUUCGCAGUCACUGUCCGCCGCGCUCUCGACGGACGCUAACUUGCGCGUGCGCAUCGCUCUCUACAAUUCGAAACGAUUUAAUUUUUCAACUCGUCACAUCCCUACACGCGCUCGGUAUAGGGUUGUCGCAUCAUUGAAGCCUUAUCAUAAAUUAUUUUUAGUUGCUAGAUAGAAACCAGCAAAAUGGAAACCGUUUAUGAUUGGUAUAGAGACCUUAUGGACAACAAAAGUGACCCUCGAGUGAACGAGUGGCCGAUGAUGUCGUCUCCGUGGCCAACAUUGGCCGCUUGCUUGUGCUACGCAUUCUGCGCUAUAAAAUUGGGACCAACCUUAAUGGCCAACCGCAAGCCAUUCGAACUCAGAAAUGUGCUCGUCAUUUACAAUUUCGCUCAGACCGUAUUUAGCGCAUGGAUCUUCUACGAGUAUCUGAUGAGCGGUUGGCUGGGCCACUACGACUUCAGAUGUCAACUAGUCGAUUACUCGCGACACCCCCGAGCUAUGAGAAUGGCGAACACAUGUUGGUGGUACUACUUCAGCAAGUUCACUGAAUUCUUCGACACGCUGUUCUUUGUAUUGAGAAAGAAGAACGAGCAUGUGUCGACUUUGCACGUCAUCCAUCACGGCAUCAUGCCCAUGUCCGUCUGGUUCGGGCUUAAAUUUGCACCGGGUGGUCACAGCACAUUCUUCGCGCUGCUAAACACUUUCGUACACAUCGUUAUGUACUUCUACUACAUGGUGUCAGCCAUGGGUCCAAGAUAUCAAAAGUACAUCUGGUGGAAGAAGUACCUUACCGCCUUCCAAAUGGUCCAGUUCGUGCUGAUAUUCAGCCACCAGCUGCAGGUGUUGUUCCGGCCGUCGUGCCAGUACCCUCGUCCCUUCGUCUACUGGAUCGCGAUGCACGGCUUCCUUUUCCUCUUCCUCUUCUCAGACUUCUACAAAGCGCGUUACAACAAGGCCGACAGGAAGGCGAAGGCCAACAACGGACUUUGUAUGGCUGUAAUGAACGAGAACGGGAUAUCGUUGAAUGGAAAGAACGGAUACAAGCAGGAAGUGGCGUCAGAAGUUCCCAACUCGUACGCUUCUUCAGCAGCCGACGCCUUCGUCCGCCGGAGACCAAUCUCAUAGUGCCCUUAGUGAUACUGUAGCUUUAAACCGGGACAGUCUCGAAGUUUCCAUGAGACGGAGGUCACCAAGUGUUCGCUUUAAAUUGACUAGGUAUUGUUACUUGGCAGUGUGUCAUCUCGGUGGCAUGGAUGUACAACAUGUCAACCGCCCGUGUUCAACGCCCACAAAGUGGACAAAUCGACUCUCAAUCUAUCUAGGGUUGGCAAUUGAAUAUCGAUACAAAUUAUCGAUAUUCAUCUCGGAAGCAAAAACAUAUCGCUUACCGAUCUAUCGAUUGUCAUAUGAGAAAAUAUUUUUGGAUUUUAAUGAAAUUGUCUUUAAAAAAAUUAGAUCAAAUCGAGAGCGUUAAAGGAAAUAUCCAAAACUUUUUUUUUAAUAAAUGGUAAAUAAUUAUUAUUCAGAUUGCUUUCCUGUUUAACUGAAUGUUAUUAUGAAUUUCGAUAAAGAUUUUAUCAUGGUUAUAUUGUAUCGAUAUAAAUUGAUAUUGCGGCGCCGAUGUUAUCGAUAAUUGUAAUUGAUUUUAUCGAUAUAAAGAUCCAGCCCUAUCUAUGUGCACAAAACGCUAUGAAUCUUUCGAAAGCCUUAUAUUAUUUAAGUACAAAGUUUUUAAGAGAAAACUAUCAAAUUGUUAAUUGAAUCGUGUUUGGUACUAGUUGUAUUGUGUUGGUAUGUUCUGCGGUGAAUUUAACUGUCGUACUCAAGGUCAUUUCAUGGUUACUUAAACAGUACUUAGGGUAGAUUUCUUUAUAUCUACACUGAGUACGCUAGUGAUCAUUUGAUGACAGAUUGCGGCGGUAAAUCUGCAUUUUGUAUCUAAUUGUCUAAUACGGGACGCUAUUUUCUUUGGAUGUAAAUAUAUUUUAUUUUUUUCUUUCAUAAUGUCUUUUAUAGUUAUUAUCUUUUAGGAAGUACAUUUAUUUACUGAUAAUGUUAUGUAAAUAUUACUUUACUGUUCACGAAUAAAGUUAUUUUUAAUGAAUGUUACCAUAGAUUCAUUUAAGCAAACCUAUUUUCAUUUAUAGAUUAAAUAGUUAACUUCCAACAAUGUAAAACAUAACUCGUAUCGGAACAUGUAUAAAUACAUGUUUUAAACAAAUUAAAAACUAUCCAAGAACAUGUUUGAAAAUAACUCAUUUUUGUAAUAAUCAAAACCACAUUCAGAGAUUUUAUCAAAUCAAGAAAAGUCACAAAAACACUAUGAAAUUAAUAGUCACGCAAGCACGGGGCGAACAAAGAAAUAUGUUGCUUUUGAAACGUUUUUAAAAGGUUUAUGAACUUAUAUCUUAUAAUCUUUGGUUCUAAAGUUUAACAAAAUUAGGUAUUUGAGUGGCCAUUUUUUUCUUUUUCAAUACAUUUUAUUUCGUGUUUAUUGUUGUAAAAUAGAAUAUUGUUAAUGCUGUCAUUGCAUUUGCGUAUUGUACUAAACUUUAUGUCCUUACUAUUAAAAUAUAAUUGUUUGGUGUUGGAUACUCAUAUAUAUAAAGUUAUAAUGAACGAGCGAUUGUAAACUUUGUUGACCUUACAAUUAAAGGAGUUAUUACUAGCUGUCGUGCGCGAUCCCGUUCGCGUAAAGUUAAAAAAAAAAAACUUAAUUAGUAGCCUAUGUGUUCUUCCAGCCCUAGUCCUAGUAAAGGUCUAGUCAUCCCUAACCUAGGGUAGGCUCCGAGCCCCUUAUUGGGGACUUAUAGUGAGCU